CACAUCGAUUCAGAAUAUCACAGGAACGAUUCAUGACAUUCUAGGCUAAACUGCCAUACCGACGUCGUGGUUCCACGUGAAAGACCCGUCAAACCCCCACCAUUCCGGAACCCUGAGCCGCGGUUCGCUAGGUGCCAUCGAUAAGACACCAGCCAAGCCUUGAACAACACAGCACCGCAGCAAUAGUCGCCCUGCGGCGCACCGACCGCGCGCCUGCGUAACCUAUCUCUUAGCGCGGAUACACAUCUUCGUAUAUUUGCUUUGUUAUACUCCUGCACAGUACCGCGCAACAUCCUCGCGUUGCAACAUCAUGGGCCGGCCCCGGAAAGAAAGUAAUGCAUCGAGUCGGAGCGGUGAGGAGACGGCGAGAGUAGGAACUGGGUAGCAUGUACGACUACCUUGCAAAGAUUAUACUGCUGGGACCGAGCGGUGCUGGCAAGUCAUGCAUGCUUCACCGCUUCGUCAACUCGUCCUGGAAAAUCCUCUCCUCGCAGACCAUUGGCGUUGAAUUCGCCUCGAAAAUCGUGCACAUCCACCCCCGCGACCCUUCCCGUGGCACGCGCAAGCGCAUAAAGCUGCAGCUCUGGGAUACCGCCGGGACAGAGCGCUUCCGCUCCGUCUCUCGAUCUUACUACCGCGGCGCAGCGGGCGCGAUACUUGUCUACGAUGUUUCGAGCUGGCGGUCUUUCGAGGGGCUGAGGACGUACAUGGAGGAUGUACGCGCACUCGCGAGCCCAGACUGUACCAUGAUACUCGCGGGAAACAAGAUGGACGUUGCCGAGGAAGGAGGAGGGCGUAUAGGAGGGAGCUCGUCUGCGAGCAGUUACAGCGAUGGCCUUGAUUCCGCAGCCGCAUCGGUUUCCUCGCGCUCGACGAUCCCCGCGCUAAGUCACUCCAAGGCUACGGUUGCGCCCGAGGGCCGCGAAGUGCCUUUCGACACGGCGAGCCGCUGGGCGGGGCAGAACGGCAUCCCGGUUGCCGUAGAAGUAUCUGCUUUCUCCGGAGAGAACGUGGACGAGCUAUUUGAACGGCUGGCAAGAAUGAUCCUCACCAAAAUUGAACUGGGCGAGAUCGAUCCGGAUGAUCCACAGAGCGGCAUUCAAUAUGGCGACAUCGGCGGCUGGGGCAUUGACGACGGGAAUGAGAGCAUCAGGAGCAGAGGUGGAAGACGCGGCGGUGGAGGCAACGGUCAAUUAAGAGAAUGGGAAGAGGUCUUCAGGUUAAGUGGAAGUACUGGGAGAAGGAAGGGCUGUUGUUGAGGCAUCGCAAAGAAGCCGUAUUGAAGAGUCGUACGAAGUUGAAGCUGGCUGGAGUGGUCUUUUCGAAAUCUGGAAGCAUUGCAGUUGGAUUGCGAGCGUUGCAUCUCGAGUGGCUUUCAUUCGCUUUUGAGCGACAUACCCAUUUUCCGUUUCUUGUGGUUUCUUAUAUGCUAUCGAGGUGUACAGCGGAUCGAUCGAUACAUAAUCUAAUUCCUAAUCUCG